AUGCAGUCAAUACUUCGACCUCGCUCCCUCUGGCGAGCCCAGCCUCUCACCGCAUGUUUCCGCAUCCACGUUCAAAUAUCUCGGGGCCCGCGUGCCCGUUUCAUGUCCACGAAUCAAGAUCACGACGAAAUCUCUCACUACGAACACGGCGGACUGUCGGGUCGAGUGCACAUUCUUGGAAUCGGAAAUGUAGGGUCCUUCAUUGCCCACUCAUUAGCCACGAGACGGAAUCCACCGCCAAUCACACUAUGUAUGCACAACGACUAUGUCCGCUCGGACUUUGCGAAAAAGCGCGGAAGUAUCUCCGUCAGCACACACGGCCUGGACGACGUCAGGUCGGGCUUUGAUGUCGAAACCAUUGAUGAAUUUGGAACGUGGUCUCAACAGCCCAGGAAGGAUUAUAGGCCCUCGCCUUUUAUAACUGAGGGACCAGACAUCCUUGUGGAUGACAGCCCCAUCGAUUGUCUCAUCGUCUGCACCAAGGCGCAUCGCACCGAGCUUGCGAUCCGAGAUAUCAAACACCGUUUAACAAAAGACUCGACCAUCUGUUUUGUGCAUAAUGGCAUGGGAGUGGUGGAUAUCAUCAACCAGAAGAUCUUCCCGAACCCAGACGAGAGGCCUCGAUACAUCAAUUCAGUAUUCAGCCACGGUCUUACCCGAAAAGAUAACUUCAAGUUCGCGCACAUGGGUGUCGGCUCCUUUAUCCUCAGUCCGGUUCCAACCGGCCUUCCUUCGGAGGCAAACGAAGACACGUGGAUACCGUCCACAAAAUAUCUUAUGCGCCUCCUGACGCUCACUCCCGCAUUGGUCGCCAUGGCCGAAACGCCCGCAGGCCUAGACCAGUACCAGCUUGAAAAACUAGCCGUGAACUGCGUCAUCAAUCCCCUUACUACACUGAGCGAUUGCACCAACGGAGAGCUGCUGUAUUCUUUCAGUUUCACCCGCGUCAUGCGACUACUACUGUUCGAGAUCUCUGCUGUCAUUUGCGCUCUGCCUGAAUUGCAAGGCGUUCCAGGCAUUGAAGAACGCUUCUCCCCGGAACGUCUCCGUCGCCUGGUGGUGAACCUCGCGCGCAUGACGGCUGACAACUCCAGCUCAAUGCGACAGGAUUUGAUGAACAAGCGCAGGACGGAAAUUGAAUUCACCAACGGCUACAUUGUGCGCCGUGGUGAAGAGUUGGGCAUCACUUGUCCACUCAACUACAUGAUGAAACAUAUGGUCACGGCCAAAGUCAGCCUUGAGCAAGACAGGGAGCGUGGCUAUGUGCCCUUUGAUCUGGAAGAUGACAUUGACAUUUCCAGUUACGAGCCGAGUGUUUGA